AUGGUCCACGGGACAUUCGGCAAAGCCUUCCACCAACAUUUCGAACACGGCAUUUGGGUCCGCUACGACCUCAAAGGCAGCCAAGGUCCAAAGUACCAGCUUCAGUUUACCCACCAUAACGCCUCAAGCUGGGCAGCCAAAAACCCGCAUCAGAAUGGUGAAUGGGCAUUUCGGAUUGACGAUCAAGCCAUGAUACCAGCCCACCUCAUGGACGAAGAAGAACAACUCUAUCAACGCUGGUUCCAGAAGCGAUACCCCGAGAAGAACCAAAUUCGCAUGGAUCAGAGGUACAUCAACGACUCAUUUCUGGGCGACCCUGAUCAAAUCAAGGUGCCUUCCGACAAGCAGUUUCAUAUGGCUCACUGUGUCCGGGCCUUGAGAAGAUAUUGGCAGGCCAAGGAAACUGGCAAGCAUGUCUGUCCGAGAGAUAUCGAUUACAGGCAUAUGAAGCACUGCCUGGACUCCAUGGAUGAGUGGGCAUUCCCAGACGGAGAGAGAGGUUCGAUCAAGCCUGUCGUGGAUUCUGGAACGUGGAAAUUGAUUUGGGAGACUAAAAUCCUCCCAAUCCUGUGGAAUCUCCUGGGUGAAGUUGGGCGCGAGAUACCAUUUCCAUGGGCCGGCGCGCUUCAUUUCUUCCUCGAGCAUUUCGUCGAAGAGCUCCUUGUCGUAGCAGUCAGGUGGCAGCCAGCUGAAGUUUAUCGGGUUAAAGACGCAGCCUUGAGCUUUUGCUUCGGCGGGCGUUGGGCCGCAUUUGGGGAUGACGAGGGCGUUGCUGGUGUGGCUUUUGGUGUAUAA